AUACCAUUGUGCGAAUUGGCAUUACUGCAACAACGGGCUUCGCUUGUGGAUUGUUUGACUUGAAAUUUAGUGUGUGUAAAAUGUGUGCGUGUGAUUGAUCGUGUGUGUUUUUUUUGUGUCUUGCUUGCCCAUCCUCGAGAUCCCAAUCCGAUCAUCGAUUUCUGUUUCCAACAAUCAAUCGCUUCAACCCAUCCACCAUCGAACAGCGGGCCAACCAAUCAAUCAACAAUACACAGCUGCAGCGCUGCACCCGAUGCAGUUGUCUCCAGUACGUGUGCUACCAUCUCGUACUGCGCUGCAGCUGUCGAAUUUUUGGCCUCCAAACAUCGUCACCAGCAACAUAUACGGCGAGCGUUCGCCUCCGUUCGUUGGCAAGAAGCGUGGAGUGUUCGUGCAGCAGCGGUGCAUCACCAUCGCAGCGGGUGCAGUCGGUGUGCGUGCGUGGGCUAGCGUGAGCGAUCGGUAGAGUGCAACCAGUACGGCGCACUUCCAAACGCAUCCGUACGGCGCACCCGUCAGCCAUAGCAGAUGGGAGAAAACCUGGCACCGGCGUGCAUCGCCACGACCGUAGCAUCGACAGGAAUAGAACAGACCGAGGCCGGCUCAUCCGGCGGCGGAGCAGCGGCUGCUAGCAGCGGUUACGAUGAUGGUGGUGGUGCAACGUCCGCUGUGGCGGCGACGGCGGCUAGGCAAAUGGUGUCGGAAAAAAUUUUCUCCCUGCUUUGGGGCGAAAAGAUAAAGCAUGACGUGUUCCGACGAUGGUUGCAAGGAUUUGCUUUUAGCGAUUUCGAACCAUCCGCCCUGGUGCAGCGGGACGGUGGACCGUGUUGUGUAAUAGCACCGGUCCAGGCGUAUCUGUUGAAGAUACUGCUCACGGAGUCAGCGGAGCACAGAUUCAAUGAGCUCACGGCAGACAAAUGUAAAACGCUGCUCAUACAGGCCGUCUGCCAGAUACUGAUGAAGUGCAAAACGGACGUGUACCGUAUCGUGACGCUGGAGGAGACACGGGAACCUGAUGCUGGGUCGAUAUCAACGAGUGAGACCGAUCAACCGAGCGCGAGCUGUUCGGGAAGCGUGCCAUCCGACCAAGGCCCGGAUACCGAAACGCACCGUGCCAGUGUCGAUAUGCAUGAUGCAGCGAUGAUGCAUCCUGCCGCAAUCGAACGCACCCCAAGCACAUGGACGUCGGAAAGGUUUCACGAACGGAUCCGGUUUAGCGAACAUCAGCACAUUGACGAUGUGCAGAAGUUCUAUAUGCAAAAUUUCCAUGUGCUUACGGACGAGUGCGGUGUCCUGCUGCUGCUGUACACGGUGCUGCAGACCAAGGGUCUGGAACACAUCCUGUCGGAGAUGUCCGACCCGAACGAGUCGCUGAUACACGAUACGUAUGGUUGUGGGAGCCAGGCGCUGAUUAACCUGAUGCUAACCGGUCGUGCGGUACCACACGUGUGGGACAACGAGCAGGAUGUUGGUGGAAUGAAGCUGAAAGGCAUUAACCAGCAAUCGGACAUCGGUUUCAUCACCGUGAUGGAGCAGCUGCAGUAUUGUACCGUCGGUUUCUUUUACAAAAAUCCAAAGAAUCCCGUCUGGGUGAUGGGCUCCGAUACGCAUCUGACGGUGUUGUUCAGCCACGAGCAGCGGCUGGUGUCGCCGGAAACGCCCGGCGAGAUAGCACGCCGUAUCUUUCGCCAGUUCGAUCCGGACGGGAGCAACUUCAUUCCCAGUCCCGUGCUGCAGGACGUGCUGUGUGCGCUGGAACUGGUUAGCGAGCCGGAGUACGUGGAGUUGAUGCGAAGUCGACUCGAUCCGGAAAAUCUUGGCAUCAUCCUGCUGAACGCGUUCAUGAAUGAGUUUUUCCCGGACGAUAAAAAAUCAACGCCGGACACGUUCGAUCUGCUGCACUACAACGGUAUCCCGAACUCGAACUACGGCAACGUGGUACAGUACAGCCGCGGCCAGGCGGUACUGUUGGAGAGUGACGUGCGCAUGUGCAAUCCCUCCGAUCCGAUGCUUACCUGUUUGCAAACCAAAUGGCCCAACAUCGAGGUGAACUGGGCCGGCAACCGGACACCCUCGCUUAACUGAUCUGACGCGUUCGUGUGUUGUGUCGCCUGAUAGAGAGCGCCGGCCCUCUCCUUCCUCCUCCCCUUUUUCCUACGUGGAUUGAUCCUUUCAUGCCGGAUUUUUCCCCAUUUUUUUCCUUCUUUUGGUAGGCUCAUCAUCAGCAUUCUAAUGGGAUAAGAAACGAAUGAAGUCUCAUGACUGAAAAGUCUCCCACCAACUAAUCCACCAACAUAGGCCACAGGCCUGUCGCAUGUUGCUAUAGCUAUCGCACUGAACAUGCCGAUCGAUGGAUAAUGAGGUGGACAGACAUUUCUCUGAUGCUAUUUGAUUUUCCUCUUAUGAUAGUACACAUUUUCGAGAGUUAUUUCACGCUUCUUUGAUUUUAUUUAUCCACGGUUGUAGUAGUCAGUUAGUCCUGUGCACGAAGCUAUGUCUUCUGCCGUUUUGGGCAUUACAACCUCAAAAGGUCACGGAUAGCAUAAUAACGGAUGCUUUCUUGAAUUGGUUUUAUGCGUAGCUACGCACCGAGAGACAGGCUCCAGAACGGGAUUCGAUACUCAGCCCCCUUUGCCCUGAAAAGACCGACCCGGUUGAAAAUGAUGGCAGGAGUACUAUGACCUAACAAAGGAAGUUCUCAUUUGCUUGGAAUAUUUACACGCUACCGACUAUCCCAAGCAAUUGAAAGGGUAUCCACAAAGAUGCGGGCUGUAUGGUUGUUUUGGCGUAUUUUUAUAUGCCAUAUCAUUUCACCUUUCUAAUAUCUAGAGAUCAAAAGUUCGUUCUGGGUCGAUCGUAGUAAAGAGGCCACCGCAUGUAACAUGAUUGGGCGUGAUAGUAUUAGUUACUAAAUAUUUUUUUCUUUAUAUUAGCUAACACCAACGGUAAGAAGUAUUGGUUUACUUUCCUUCCCCAUCCCUAUAUUCCCCAUCCCUUGUAUCCUUUCAUUUACCAACACAAUCGCUCUCACACAUAUACUAUACCUGUGGCCUUGCGCUUUUCGUACAAGCGUUUCGCGAGCAUUCUCGAAGAGAGAUACAGAGAGAGAGAGAGAGAGAGAGGAGUGGGAGAGAGGAAUAAAAACAGAAAAGAAAAACAAAA